CCACCUCCACUCAGUGACAGAUGCUUCUGCUCUGGGUCACAAUGUGGCUCUGGGACUGGUUUCUUUGGAUGGAUGUCAGCAGAAUGCUGCUCUAUGCUUUUGUUAUGACUGUUCUUUUAGUUUAUUUCCUGGUUAAAAAGGAUCCACCGAACUUUCCUCCUGGACCACCAGCCUUGCCUUUUCUAGGAAACGUCUUCAACAUUGAACAUAAACAGCCUCACAUUUAUCUAACCAAGCUCGCUGGUGUCUAUGGGAAUGUGUUCUGCAUUCGUCUGGGAAGACACAAGACGGUGUUUGUGUCCGGCUGGGGGAUGGUGAAGGAGGCUCUGGUCACGCAGGCCGACAACUUUGCGGACCGGCCUUACAGCCCGAUGGUGGACAGGAUCUAUUCAGGGAACUCAGCCGGUCUGUUCUUCAGUAAUGGGAAGGUGUGGAGGAGACAGCGACGCUUCGCCAUGGCAACGCUGCGCACCUUCGGCCUGGCAAAGAGCUCCACGGAGCAGAGCAUCUGUGAAGAGAGCCGCCACCUGCAGGAGGCCAUGGAGAAAGAGACAGAACCGUUCGACCCGGUGCCGCUGCUCAACAACGCCGUGGCCAACAUCAUCUGCCAGAUCGUGUUUGGGAGACGCUUUGACUACGGAGACCAGAGGUUCCAGAGUAUGCUGAGGAACCUGAGCCAGAUGGCUUAUCUGGAAGGCUCCAUAUGGGCUUUGCUGUUUGAUUCGUUCCCUGCUCUCAUGAAACACCUGCCAGGGCCUCACAAUGACAUCUUCAGCAGCUCCAGGUCUCUGGAGGCGUCGAUCAGGGCAGAGAUAGAGAGACACAAAUUAGACUUGGACCCCAGUGACCCACGAGAUUACAUCGACAGCUUCCUGAUAGAAAGCCAGCGCAACAGAAACAGUGAGCUGGGCUUUGAUGAAGACAACCUGGCUCUGUGUUGUGUGGACCUGUUCCUGGCUGGGAGUGAAACCACGUCUAAAACCCUGCAGUGGGGCCUCAUCUACCUCAUCAACAACCCUCAUGUACAAGUGAAAGUCCAGGCAGAGAUCGACAGAGUGAUUGGACAGAACCGUCGGCCCAACAUGGCUGACAGACCCAACCUGCCCUACACUGACGCCGUCAUCCAUGAGGUCCAGAGGAUGGGAAACAUCGUUCCUCUGAAUGGAUUCAGGAUGGCCACCAGAGACACCACGCUGGGCGGGUUCUUCAUUCCCAAGGGAACGUCUGUGAUGCCCAACCUGACCUCGGUGCUGUUUGACCCGACUGAAUGGGAGACUCCAGACACCUUCAACCCCGGACACUUCCUGGAUGCUGAGGGCAGGUUUGUGAGGAGAGAAGCAUUUCUGCCUUUCUCUGCAGGGAAGCGUGCGUGUCUGGGAGAGGGCCUGGCCAGAAUGGAGCUCUUUUUGUUUUUUGUGGGUUUGUUCCAGAGGUUCUGUUUUUCCACGGUGGACGGAGUGGAGCUGAGAACAGAGGGAAUCAUAGGAGCCACACGGACGCCGUUCCCCUUUCACAUCUACGCUAAGGCUCGCUGAGCUUUUUACCUCCUGCAGUCAGACCCAAAAGACAGCAGACAUUUUUAAUCUGCUGCCAGUUUUCCCAACAAACCAGUUUACCAGAAUCCACAUUUAAAAUCUUGAUGCUAAUAAGGUGACAUCAGUGAUGUGUUUACUAAUAGACAUGUAGAACGUAGUAUUUGUUUAGCCUCAAAAUGUUUAUAUAGGGUCACAGUGUGAUAAUUUGUUGAUACAUUCCUACUUUGUAUCAACAAAACUCUGCAGAUGUCUCGGUUAUGACAGUCUGUCAGUAUAUGUCCAUCUAUAUGUCAGUUGUGCCAUUUUAACUAUAAUAAUUAAUGUUAAGCUCCAUCCUGAUGGGGUCAAUUUGAUCUACAUGACAAACAUGUUUAGUCAAAUAAAAAAAAUAUAUAUACAUUUUUGCUGAACUAGUAUUUAUAUGACUCAGUGAAAACACAUUAUUAGAAACAAUAUUUAUUUAUUCGCAAAUAAAUCAAAACAUUUUAAUGUUUAACUCUGAUUUCCUGAAAAUGUCUAAUGCCCUCGUCGUCCCUCUCUAUUUACACACAAACAUGAUUCUACACGGUUUCAUCAUAUUUCUUGUUAUUAAAAUCUCUGUGCAUUUGAAUUAACAAUCUACAAUAAGCAUCAAACGCAGAGGAAAUAAAAAGCACUUACUAUAGAUCACAAAAAGCAAACCCACUGUAACACAUGUCUCCUUAGUGUUUUUGCAAACAAGGCAAUGAACAACUGAUGUUGGGACAGUGCACUUUCAGAUCAGAACAGCUGCUUUUCUACAACAUUCUCUAGGUCUUUAUAGCAUCGUCUCCUCUGGAUGUCUCCUACACAGCAUCAAAUCAUUAAUCAGUCAACUACAAGAAAACUGCCAUAAUUAAAAUUCUCAAGUUACAAAUUGAAUGUACUGCACGUAUAUGGAUACCUGGUCCUGACAACUGAAUAAAAGCUGGUGUUAAAAUCUCAUUAUAGCUGUAUAACGUCAAAGAUUAUCAUCUUCAUUAUUUAUUGAAUUGCAAGAUUUAGGAUAUUAAAUAUAAAUAUCUUUUUUUUUUGUUUUUUGAGAUCAUGCCGCAAGUAGAGUAAAGUUAAAAAAACAAACAUCUGAUCAAUAACCCUGGAUUUCUGGUGUAAAAUGUGUCCUCACAGCAUCUCAGAGGUUAAAUAUAUAUUGUAUGAAUUUUCCCACACCUUCACAUGAGCUUAAUCUGUUUGCUAAAACUGUUGCUGUUGAUGCCUAGAUGCAGUUGGCGACCAGCACCAAAUGCAGCAUUACCUCAAAGGCAAACCCUUUCACUGCAUAGUAAGACAGUCCAGUUGCACAUACAUCAGUGGUCUUAGUAACAUUUCGUUGGCCUGAGGGGUCCAGUAAGCCAUGCCGGGUCCAGUAAAAAGGACAUUCGUACACAUUACGGGCUAGAGGUUUGAAUAAAGAUGCGUUUAGCAUUUAUUUACAUCUCUUUAGUCCCUGAUCAUGAACAUAAUAGGACAGAAGAGAAGGAAAGUUGGAGCAGUUACGGUGCUGAGGCUGCAGUCAGCAACACACAGGGCACAAUGGAAAUAUGCUGAGCUCACUUGAGACAGCAUCUUAACUAGUGAAACGAAGAGGAUGCUAAAAACU